AUGUUUGGUCCUUUCAAAGCGUCCAAUUCGCUACUUGGUGGGCUACUAUGGAAAGUUCCAUGGAGGAUGUCUUCACACCAGAAGCAAAGAGUCAGACAUAGGCUAAGAGACGUCGACGAAGUGCUCAAGCAGGUGAACCUGGGAUUGCACGUCCAACGAAGCCAAGAGAAGGGGGUAGCGUAUCAAGAUGCUUUGGCCAUGACCAAGAAGUUCAAACCACGGAUAAAGUCGUUGCGUCUGCUCAACAAAUCGUCAUUCUUCCCCAAAGAAAACCAGAUGUCGUCGAAGGAUAAGUACACUGUGUUCGAUAGGAAGUCCAAGGACUACAGAAAAGGUGUCCACAAGGUACCUAAAUGGACAAAACUGUCUCUGAGAAGGAACCCGAAGUUUUUCUGA